CUAUUUUCCGGGAAAAUCCAUGUUCAUCUUUGCCACCCAAAAACCUAGAAUAAUAUAGCCAACAAAGUUCCUCUUGAGCCUCUUGACCCUAUGGACCCACAAUUCUACAGAAUUUCCCCAUUUGGGACUGACCCAGCAGACCCUGAUCAGCCCAUGACGUCAGAGAAUGGUCCGGGCUCUCCCUCCUCAGGGGAGGAGACAAAGGUGGCCACUGCCCCAUCACCCAAGAAAAGGAGGGGAGUGCAGAAGAGGGUGGUGACAGUACCGAUCGGUGACGUGGAGGGAUCCAAGAGCAAAGGGGAGGGCCAUCCACCGUCCGAUUCUUGGGCUUGGAGGAAGUACGGCCAAAAGCCCAUCAAAGGGUCUCCAUAUCCCAGGGGAUAUUAUCGAUGUAGUAGCUCCAAGGGUUGCCCGGCAAGGAAACAAGUGGAGAGAAGUCGUGUGGACCCCACAAUGCUCUUGAUCACCUAUGCUUGUGAGCACAACCACCCCAAGCCCACCACCAAGCCACACCAAACCUCCACCACCACGUCACCCAACGCCGAACCCGAACUUCGUGCCAAAACAGUCACACCCAAUGAAGAGGAGCUCACAAUUUUUGCGAGCCAAGUCGACCUUGACCUUAGUGACGACUCGGCCACGUUGCUUAGUGCCUUCGGUUGGUUCAGUGACGUGGCAUCGACAGCUGUUCUAGAAAGUCCGAUUUGUGCGGGAAAUAGUACUUGCGCUGAUUAUGACGUGGCAACGAGGUUGGGAGAUGAGGAGGACGAGUAUUUGUUCGCCGACCUGGGCGAGUUACCGGAGGGUUCAGUGAUUUUCCGACACAAGAUGGUGGAAUCGGACGAGCAGAACCGGAGAUGUAGUUUAAGUGUAGUUCCUUGUUGCAAUAGUAGAUGAUAAAAACCGUAGACAUUGAGAGUAUAGGAACCACAUUUUUUAAUCACAAAGUGGGUAAGACAGUUGUUAGUUUACACAUCAACUGUCGUAUCACGUGGUAAAAAAAUAUGGUAACUCUAAUAUUUACUCGGUGUUUAAUAUCAUUAUUUGUUGAUUGAAUGGACCCUAAGAAGCUACAAAUUUUCUUGUAUAAAUUAUGUUUCAUAAUU